AUGGCGCCCAUUCUCCCUAAUUCCAUCGCGGCCUUGAGCAUGCUCAUGCUGCUGCUGGCCACUCACUGCGUUGCUUCCUCCUUUACUAAUUUCUACACGCCGACACCAGUUGCCAAGCCGCCUUCUCCACCUCCUCUUGCUCCUCCUCUCGGCCACCUCGUGCCCCCGCCGGAGCACCCCUACUACAAAACACCACCCCUGCCAGCUCAUGCAACGCCACCUCCACUCUACCCUCCAAUGACCGGCGCACCUCCUCCGCACCACGGCCACCGCCGCCACCACCACCACCACCACCAUUUCCACCAGCUUAAUCCGACCACACCAGUUGGCGCGGGGCACUACCCGCCCUACCACCACUCUUCUCCGGCACCGCCGCCAAGCCACGCUCGUCAGCCCCCUUACGGACAAGUACUCCCUCCUCUACCACCGUUGCACGAGCCCCCUCCAACUGCUCCGACUCUGCCGCCGGAGCCGGUGCACGGAGGGCCUUUGCCGCCGCUAGUUAGCUACAGCAAGCCGCCUCCUCCGCCAGUUAAUAAUAGAUACCCGCCAUUGCAGCCACCGAGUCACCAACCGAUUCCGCUGCCGCCGCCGCCAUAUAAGACUACCCCAGAGCACGGUACUCCGCCGCCGGAGCCGGUGCACGGAGUGCCUUUGCCGCCGCCAGUUAGCUACAGCAAGCCUCCUCCUCCACCAAUUAAUAACAGAUACCCGCCAUUGCAGCCACCGAGUCACCAGCCAACUCCGCCGCCGCACCGUUACCAUCAAUCUCCACCGCCACCACCGUAUUAG